AUGCCGAUUUAUGUAAGAAACCCUUCGCAGGAAGGCGAAGAGCAACCCGGUAAACUAGAAGAAUGGUGUAUCGUCGAACUUCAGGGCGAUUUGGAGGUCCGAGGGGAACGCAUCAUGGCGGGACAGUUUAUCGGAGAUUUACUGUACAACAAGUACGGACAACCGAUCCUGAUCAUCGGCCACCAUAUACUGCAGGGGCGGAUGCAGAAGAUUGACAAACCGUUACUGGUGGUGGAGAAGCGGGACAUUCGCGAAUGCGACGAAACAAUGUUGGAUAUCAGCCAGGUGGUAACGGAAAGUCAACCGGAUCUGAACUCGACGGGCCAAUCCGUCGUUGCUAAUCGAACCGUACUCGAUUCCACGGUUGCCAUCGAGCAUAAGGUUGUGCCAAAGGUUGAGUAUCAAGUCCGGGCGGUGGUGCGGAGCAAGGUUUUGUUCAAGGCCCGACCGAAACCGAUAAUUGCAAACGUGGCCAAAACGGUUUAG